AAAACCCACCACCACUAGAACGUAAUUCGCUAAAUUGACAACAAAAAAAUCCAUCCGCUGUUUAAUAAUAAACAAACAAAUAUUGGAAAAAGGAGAGUUGAUUUGCAGUUCGGUAGCGUUUAGAAAAUGAGCAACAGCGAGGACUCUCAACAGUAUCUGAACGACAUGAUGGUCAAGGAGGAGGACGAGGCGUCUGGCGACGAGUCGGAUAAACAGGACGGCAGCAUUAUGUUGCGGGAGCAGGACCGCUUCCUGCCCAUCUGCAACAUUAUCAAAAUCAUGAAGGUGCCGGUUCCGCAAAACGGCAAGAUAGCAAAGGAUGCCCGCGAGUGCAUCCAGGAGUGCGUUUCCGAGUUUAUUUCCUUCAUCAGCAGUGAGGCCAUAGAGCGCAGCGUGGCCGAGAACCGGAAAACCGUCAAUGGGGACGAUCUGCUUGUGGCCUUCAGUAAUUUGGGAUUUGACAAUUACGUGGAGCCGCUAUCCAUAUAUUUGCAAAAGUAUCGCGAGUCCAACAAAUCGGAUCGAAAUCUUUUUCUGGACGCCAGCUACGCUCAACACGAAGAUGGUUCGUCUACAAAUGAGGGAGGGAAGCAUCACUAGCCCGGGCUUAUGGGGUGGGAUGUCGAAUACAGAUAGAAUGCAAACCAAUUUUAAGGGAAAAAGUAGACCGUGUAAGAAAGAAUUAUUAUUUAAGUGUUUUUUUUUUUUUUUAUUAU